UUGCUUUCAGAACGUAUACUAGGAUCGAGCUUCGCCUCAUAUCCGAGAAGAAAUCGAGCACGUGUGGACUCUGCCUCAGCCGCUCGGAAUAUUCCCACCAUACAGAGCACAAACCAUCCUGCCCAGCAGCCCCUGCGAAGGGGUGAUGAGGAGAACGAAGAUAACGCGACACCUUCAGAACGAACCAGAUAUUCCAUUGAGAGUGAUGACACUCAAACCCUUUUUGAUACCAUCGAUAUUCUCGAAAAUCUUUCAAGACAAGGUUGA